UAAACCAGUCUGACGUCAAACUGCUGCGACGCUGCGUCAGUUUCAAUCAUGGCUUCAAGACUAGAGAUAAAUUUUAUCCGGUUAUUAUCUCGCUGUGAAUCUAUAGCGUCGGAGAAACGAGUGGAGACGGAAUGGAGGCUGGAGAAGUAUGUUGGUGCCCUGGAGGAGAUGUUGGUGGCUCUGAGGAAAAGCCAGAGCAAACCCACACAAGAAGUCCUGACUGAAUACACAAGAAAAGUAGAAUUUCUGAAGGGACUUCUAGAAGCAGACAAACUGUCCUCACCAACAGAAAAGGCUCUAGCUAAUCAGUUCCUCGCCCCAGGGCGAACACCCACGAUAGCCAAUGAGAGGAUGCCUGCCACUAAAACUGUCCACAUGCAGACGAAGGCCCGAUGCACCGGAGAGAUGAGGGACGAGCUGCUCGGCACGGGGUUGUCAGGCAAAGGCACAUCUGAAACAGACUUACGGAACAGAAGAGGUCUGCCUCUGGAUGAGCGUCAGUCGGCUGCAGAGCUGGACGCCGUCCUGCAGCACCACCACAACCUGCAGGAGAAACUGGCCGAGGACAUGCUCAACCUGGCCCGAAACCUGAAGAAUAACACUCUGGCAGCACAGAGCAUCAUCAAAGAGGACAACCAGACGCUGAGCCACUCUAUGCGUCAGGCCGAUCUGAACUUUGAGAAGCUGAAGACGGAGUCGGAGCGAUUGGAGCAGCACACCAAGAAGUCUGUCAACUGGCUGCUGUGGCUGAUGCUCAUCCUUGUCUCCUUCACCUUCAUCAGCAUGAUCCUCUUCAUCAGAAUCUUCCCCAGACUCAGAUGAUGACCGUGCACCAAUCCUGAACUCUCAGUUCUACAUCCUCCUGUGUUCACAGAGCAGUAAAGACGUAGGCCUUCGUAGAUCUAUACAGCAUGUCUGUAUGCGUGACACAGAUCAGUAGCGGUCAGAACCAAAACAGCUCAGCUUGACGAACUGAAACAUUUGCACUUUUUUGAAACUGAAAUUCUUCCUCUAAGUGAGCCGGUGAAGGGUCGUUGAGAAGGCAGAAAGUGGUUUGAAGCAUCAGUAUUCCUUUUUUUUGAAACAGCACAGACCAUAAAUCGAGGUAAAGAGCUACAACGUCUUGUUGAAAGGCUUUUGGGAGCAACAACAUAGUCUUAAUACCCCAGACAGCAGGGACUGAGCCUUAAUUAAUUUAAUCCUCAUCAGGUAGGCUGCUAGCCAUCUAAUACAUGUAUGCACUUUCUCAGUAAGUGGGGCUAAAGUUAAGAUCAUCUUUUGUUGAGCUUUGUUUCUCCACCAUGCAUACAUUUGAAAGAGUUCAUCGACCGUCCACCAUCUACUGUAUAUUAGCCUUGAGAGUCAACUGUAGCUUUGAAUUAAUUGAACACCUAGUAAAAUUUUACUUAAAAUAAUAGUAAAUGUGGUAAAAAUAAUAAUUAUUAUUGCAAAUUAUAAAACAGAUUUCAAGUAUUAGUCAUUUUUCAUCCUCUGGUUAUCGUUUGGAGACAUUCAGUGUCAAGAGGUUUCGAUCUUUGUGCUGUUAGAUUUCAUGCAUGCCAUCACUCAGUCUCAUUCCUGUUCAUUUUAUGUGAGUCUGUAUGUUUUUUGUUGGGUUAAUCCAUAAAUAAUCAUCAGGUAAUGAUAGUUGCGGUGUCGGUUGUGUUGUUUGUGAUGACUGUUGAGGCUGCAGGUGUUGAUGAAGUAAGAUUUUGUUCUCAUUAAAGGAUUGUAACCACCGAGUAUGAAAGCUAAUCAAACACUAUUCAACCGUUUUCCUUUGAAUGUUUUUGCAUAAUAACUGUAAGUACUAUGUGUGUUGUGGGUGCCCUGUUUGACUGUAAAAUCAUCAUAAACAGAAACACCAAACUACGCCCUCUGUCCUUUUGAAAACGCCUCAUGCAGUGACUUCAUGCGGCCAGCGUGUGUCAGUCACGGUCUUAGAAUAGUGACAGAUAAUAAUGACCUCCAUGACCUGGGUGGCCUGAUCAAGCCGUGAAUCCUAAAUUAACCCCACUACUCAUUUAGAAGUGAUCUGAGGAUUGAAGUAUGGCUAAAUAAAGGCAGUUGGCCACAGAAUUGAGCACGGCCACCACCAUAUGUGA